UUAAAAGGCUGUGUGCCUUUAUUAAAGAACAAUAGAAAACGUUUUUGAUUUUUGUUUUUAAUUAAAAACUUCAAAUUCUUAUAUUUCGAUUUCCUUAAUUCUUGAUACACGCCAUGACUUCAUACCGGUCAGUAUACUCGGGUCUAUAUGAUUCGAUUAAAGUAAGGAGACUUCUUUUAAGUAUAAGAUCAUAAUAGGGACUCGUUCAAACUCACAAUUAAUGACAUGACUGGUUUUUUCCGCUAUCAUCCGCAAACACAGUUCUUGCAGUUAAUAGUUGUUGUUGGCGUUUUACAACAAUCACAAAAAACUGCUAUAAAUCGCUAUAAAUCACCCUGAAUUUCUAAAAUUUAAAAAUUGGUUGAAGCUAGCGUUUACGAUUGCGGAAGGAUAAAAUAUAUUUUCUUUAAAACUAUAUAAAUAUAAAAAUAUUUAGUUAAAAUUUAAUAUUUAAAUAUUAGUAUAUAUUUUUAAUUUAUAUUAUAAAACUUUGAAAAAAUAAUAUUCUAUAAUUUUUUUAAAACAAUAGUAUAAUUUUAUAAAUAUAAUUUUUAUAUUUAUUAUAAUAAUUUAGUUUUUGUAUUUUUAUAAUCAUAUAAAAAAUAAAUAUUAUUAAUUUAUUUAUUUAACUACUGCUGCGUUUGGUAGUUAACUAUUAAAAAGUAUUCCGUAAACACACUAAUUUUUAACCGAUGUACCAGUUGUAUAAAUCUCUUAAUAAAGCUUAAAAUUACAAUCAUCUGCAAACGUCCACAACCGCAUCUGCAAAAGAUGCAAUUACACCAGUCGUAUCCUAAGUCACAAUCAGAAUAAUAAAGUGGAGCAAUACAACACGGUAAGCAAAUACGAAUGCAAUUUGUAAAACCUUAACAUUUUAUUUUCUAAUAAUAUAUACAUGCAUUGCAGAAAAUAAACUAAAAAUCAACCUGAAAUCUUCAGAGCUAAUACAUCACAAUGUAAACCCUAACUGGAGCAUUACAUGACAAAGCUCGCCAAAUAACCCCCACAACGAAAUAUCAGAAAGUAAAGUAGCCAUAAUUGACUUUACCCAAAAAUAGACUUGUUUUUUACUUUACCAAAAAAUACUAAUUAGACAUAUUGAGUGGAAAUAGAAUCCAUAUAUACACAUGGAUAUAUGGACGCAACGCAUUAUGACUAGAUGCACAUGAAAGGAAAGAAAUUGGCAACGUGAGGCUAAGUCUUUGUACAACAAGAGAAUCUUGCUUGCUCUGAUGAUGUUUGAGUCAUGAAUGAAUUAUCAUUGAUUUUUGAGUCAUGAAUGAAUUAUCAUUGAUUUUUGAGUCAUGACGCGUUGUGAUGAUGUUUAAGUUUAAGUCAUGAGUCAGUUUUCAUUUUCGUUGCAAAUGUAACCACUAGAAAUUAUCUAUUUUCUUAGUUUAUAAAAAAUAUGAGGAAUUAACUCCUAUAAAUUAAGAAAAAAAAAUCGUACAAACAUAUAUCUACUAAGAUUUUUAUUUUUGAGAAAGGGGUUACUAUAUAUAUCUACAAAGAUGUUGAUAGGAUAAUAUAUAGUACUACAUUAUAACAAUGUUUGAGAAAUAAUUUUUUUUAUAGUACAAUAAAUUAUAAACAAUGUUUACUUUGCAUAUAUCUCAUCAACUAUUUACAAUAUUUCCAUCUCUUUCAAUCCUGCAACAUAAUAUUUUUAAUUAAUUGGACCCAAAAUUGUUUAUUUAUUUAUUAUGUGUAUUAAAGUUUUUGGUCAAAGUGGAUUUUUCCUAAUUUUAGAGUUUUUAAGUGAUUUAGUAAAUGAGCAAGAUUUGUUCCUGGAAAUUUUCAUUUAGUAUUCUAAUAGAUGGUCUUCCAACCAUGUUGGCACCAAAUAUUAUGUACAUAUACUUUUGUAAGAUUCAUGUACCUAUACUUUUAUAUGAAACUAUAUACAUAUAUAUAUAGAGAUAAUUAAUAUUUUCACAUAUUUCUAGUAUACAAUAUUCAUGAUCGUUUACUAUAACUAUUUUAUAUUUAUAUCAUUUUUUGUAACUGCACUUUGCAUUCAUUUAUCUACCAAAAUGAGACAACAUUUUACAAUACAGUUUUGAGAAACAUCUAGUAUGACUUGCAAUUAGCUAUUUUCUUACUUAUAUUUAUAUAGAAAUUAUGUAUUACGUUUAGCUAAUAUUAGGUUUGCUUUUCUAAGAAAUUAAUAAGUUAACAUACGUUUAAUUAUUCUUUUGUAAGAGAGUGUAUUUCAUUCAAUGCAAAAAUAUAUUGGAAGAAAUAUUGUUCUUUUAUGGUUUUUAUAGACUUUUCUGUCAAAUUAAUUUUAUUUAUGGUUUGAUUUACUUCUGAGUGGUCUUUAUAUAUUUUAAAUGAAUUUAAAAUAUAUAUACUUUUUGGUCAAAAAGCUAUAUAUACUUGUUUACUUUUAUAAUUUGUUAGUUUGGUAAGCUUUUUUUUAACCAGGAAAUUUAUAUAAUUUUUCAAUGAUUUUUAUAUGUAGAUUUUGUUAUAUUUCUUGUAUUUUAUUUUCAAAAGUCAACAUAAAUAUUUUAGAAAAUAGUUAAAAUUUUCAUUUAUAUUUUUUUUUGUACAAUUAAUAUUUUUAUAGUGUAAUUUCUAGUGAUUUAUGAUUUUAUGGAUUUAUCGAUACUAUUUUAGUUUAUAUGAUUGAUUUAGAUUUUAAUGGGUGAAUUUCAUAAUAAGAUAAAUAGUAUUUUUCCAUAGUAAAAUUAAAUUUAGAUUAUUGACAAAAACUUAUAAUUUGUACUUUGAAUUAUAUUUAACAAGACUAUUAAAUCAUUUAGAUUACUGGCAAAAGUUUAUUUUACAAUACCAAAGAUUGAUUAGUGUUGUUUUCAUAUAGAAAAAGGGUUAUUAAUGUUACUUCUUACAAAUUAUUAUAUAUACUAAUCCAAUUAUGUCCAAAAUUGUUUUCAAAUGCUUAAGACACACUAAUACUUCAAUAUUAGUCGCAACCCUCCUAUCGAAUGAUGCUUAAUCAGAUCAUGGUUUUCUUAAUUUUCGGUAUGAUCAUACCAAUCGUAGUUGGAACUUUUCCGGGAAAGAGCAAACUUUCCGAUCUCCAUGAACAGGAAAUAAAACUACGGUUGAAACAACUCAACAAACCAGCCAUUAAAUCCAUCCAUAGUCCAGAUGGAGAUAUAAUUGAUUGUGUAUGGAUCUACGACCAACCAGCUUUUGAUCAUCCUUUAUUCAAAAGCCACACCAUUCAGAUGAGGCCAAAAAGUAACUGGAUAAGGGACAAAACAGGAGGUAAUAAGACAUACAUUAUACACCAAUUGUGGCGAACAAAAGGUGAAUGUCCUGAGAACACUAUUCCCAUCAGAAGAACAACAAGAGAUGAUCUUAUAAGAUCGGGCUCCAUCAAAAACUAUGGAAGAAAGAGUCCACCACCAACUAUUUAUCACACUGACGGCGUUCAGACCGAGGAAGUUCAUGAGCAUACGUGUGUGUACGUGGACUAUGGUCAGUUCCAUGGCAGCAAGAGUCGUAUAAGUAUAUGGAAACCAAAUGUUCUACGGACGAGAGAGUUUAGUUUAGCUCAAACAUGGGUCGUCAAUGGAGAUUGGGACACUGGUUUGAACACUUUGGAGUCUGGUUGGCAGAUCUUGCAUGCUUUGUAUGGUGACAAGAACCCAAGACUUUUCGCCUAUUGGACGGGCGAUACAUACCAAGAAACAGGAUGUUACAAUCUUGACUGUCCAGGCUUUGUUCAAGUAAGCAGACACAUCUCCCUCGGUGCAGCUCUCAACACUUUCUCAACUUACAACGGUGAACAAUACGACUUCCUUCUAACUAUUGAGAAGGAUCAAGAAACUGGACUUUGGUGGUUGAAGUUUGAGACAUACCUUAUAGGGUACUGGCCAAGCUUUAUAGUCCCCAAGCUAGCAGUGUCGGCACGAAAGAUCGUAUGGGGAGGAGAGAUUGUAUAUUACACUAGAGGCCAAGGGACACACACGCUUACGCAAAUGGGGAGUGGCCAUUUUGCAGAGAAAGGGUUUAGGAAGGCGGCUUAUUUCAAUAGCUUAGAGUACAUUGAUACAUCUAACUAUCCGAUCACACCCUCUCCACAACAUCUUGAAGCUGCUGUGACUCGUCCUGAAUGCUAUAACCUUAUGGUUGGCUCUAGCCAGAGGUGGGGAACUUACUUUUUCUAUGGUGGACCUGGUCGCAAUCCUCAGUGUCCAUGAACCUAGAUUAAGCCAAAACUAAAAUAUUUUAUAGAAAUGUAAAAUAUAUAAAAUAAAUUCGCUAGUCUUUUAGACAAGGCCUAAUUAACUUCUAAUAAUU